GUGCACGGCAGACACCGAGAGUCGCAUUCAUUCGUGGGAGGAAAGCCUUGAGCGGGGGGUGCACACGGUGGAUUGGAUGCAAAACUAAAGUUAGCGGAGAAGCGCGCAGAGAAACAAGAAAGAACCGAUAAAGAGGACCCCUCCCAUCCAGCCAGUGAGAUGAGUCUAAGCACCAGCGAGAUGGAGGACCUGUGGGAGUCCUUGGGCUACCUUAACUUCUCCGACUCCUUCGCCAACAUUUCCAGCGUGGACGCCACGGUCUGCGCCACGGCCUUCAACCGCCACGCCCUGCUCCACUCCAUGUGCGUCCUCUACACCUUCAUCUUCGUGGUGGGCCUGGCGGCCAACGCUCUGGUGCUGUGGGUGAACGUGCGGGCGCGGGGCGGCGACUCCGCCCCCCGCCACGAGACCCACACGUACAUCGCCCACCUGGCCGCCGCCGACCUGUGCGUGUGCGCCACGCUGCCCGUGUGGGUGAGCUCGCUGAUCCAGCACGGCCACUGGCCCCUGGGGGAGGUGGCGUGCAAACUCACGCACCUUCUCUUCUCCGUCAACCUCUUCGGGAGCAUCUUCUUCUUGGCUUGCAUGAGCGUGGACCGCUACCUGAGUGUGUCGCGGCACCGGGAGAACCAGGGCGGCAAGCGCAGGAAGAUGAUGCGGCGGGCGGUGUGUGUAGGGGUGUGGCUUCUGGCUCUGGCGGCUUCUUUGCCGGACACCUACUUCCUGCGUACAGUGAAGGCCUCACACGGGGACAGCGUGCUCUGCAGGCCCGUGUACCCGGACGACAACCCCCGGGAGUGGAUGGUCGGCGUCCAGCUGAGCUUCAUCCUCCUGGGCUUCGUCCUGCCCUUCCCUGUGAUCGCCAUUUUCUACGUCCUGCUGGCCGGCGCCUUCGCCCGCGCGCCCUCAUCCUCGCCGUCCUCCACCGUGGAGCAGGAGCGCCGCGUGAGCCGCAGGGUGAUCCUGGCCUACAUCGUGGUUUUCCUGGGAUGCUGGGGGCCGUACCACGCCGUGCUCCUGGCCGACUCUCUCUCCCAGCUGGGCGUCCUGCCGCUGACCUGCGGCCUGGAGAACUUCCUGUACGUGGCCAUGCACCUCACCCAGUGCCUGUCCCUGCUGCACUGCUGCUUCAACCCCAUCCUCUAUAACUUCAUUAACCGGAACUACCGCUACGACCUCAUGAAGGCCUUCAUCUUUAAAUACUCCACGCGGACCGGCCUGGCGCGCCUCAUCGACGCGUCCAACGCCUCCGAUGCGGAGUACUCCGCCGUGGCCGCGGACAACCCGCCGCAGCUUUGAGGACCGGUUGAAAUCCUCUCGAUCCGAUCCUCGGUUUUUACCGGGACUCGUCAGAUUUUGACAUGAAAUGACUUUUACAGACAAUCUGUUGCAAUUAAAUGGACGGACACACAUCAAAUUGAUGGACUGAUUGUAAAAAAAAAAAAAAAAAAAAAAAAAAAAUAA